AUGUAUUCGGCUUUUUCGGGAACGUAUCGUUAUCCUAAUGGUUCCGGAUGGAUAAAAAUGUACGACGAGCUGAGCUCUAAGCUGCGAAAUCCAUGCUUACUGCUGCUGUCGGCUGGACACGCCCACGUCCGUCGACCGUAUCGUGUGUCCGUCUAUAGUGUCGCAGUCGGAAACGCACGUGAAAUCCGGAAGAAGGUUAUUUCCCGGCUAUUCUUAGAAAACCCUGACACAAAGCGGUCUAUCGAUUUAUUGAUUGGUGUGCGAAAGUGCUACAAGUAUCUACAUCAAUUUCUUGCGAUUUUCAAUGGACGCGACCUUGGAUCUCAUCGUCUCCGACACGUGAAUAUAUCUGUAAUGUGUUUGAGAGGAAAAAUGACGGAAAAAACGCCACCCUCCAAAGUGCAUAAGAAAGGACCCGCGCCAACGGUGGCCUUACCGAAAGAACCAAAGGAAAAGAAAGGAAUCUUGAGGAGUUUAUCCUUUCAGUUUUCAAAUCUUGGCAAAAAGAAAGACAAUCAUUAUGAUAUGACACCCGAGGAACCAACCAACGAAGAACUAGGUCCCAUCCUAGGCGUACAAUGUUAUGGAACACUUUUGAAAAAGUAUAAAAAGAAGAAUAGACCAGCUAAAUGGUCAAAAAGAUUUUUUGUCCUGAAAGAAUGUUUCCUGAUCUAUUACUCUACGAGAUUCAAGAAAACGUUUGAGAAAUCCAAACGGAUCGAUUUGCAUCCUAAGGGUAUAAUUCCACUAAUCGGCUGCUCAAUAGUUUGUGGUGGUGAUAUCGGGAAGAAGCAUUGCCUUCUCAUCGCCCAUCCACAAUUCCCCUCAGCGAUUAUUGUAGCGGCGCCUGAUUUUAAAACUCAGGAUGAGUGGCUAAAAGCGCUGCGAAGCGCCACAAAAAUCUCCUUCAAAAAUACACUAGUCGGCGAGACAAUGAUUCGUGAACUGGAAAGUCGUGGUGUGAUGUUAUGCGAAGAGAAGAAAACAUAUGAAGAAAGAUUAGAGCAAGAGGCGAAAGCACGGAAAGAAGAACACGAUAGAGCUGCCGAGCUGGCUCGAGUAAAGGCUGAACUUGAAAGCGAACGAGAGAAAUUGAUAAGGACAACGAAAAAACUCAAGGAUGACCUCCAGAACGUGAAAAAUGAGCUUAAAGUAACCAACGAGACAAAAAUGACGUUAGAACAAGAGAAAAUUUCCCUGAACUCAAAAACAGAACAUCUUCAAUCAAAUAUGGAGUCUUUGAACAUCGAAAAGGAAAAGAUUGAAGAACAGCUGCACAACAUUCUUCGAGAACGAGAACAAUUUCUUCUGGAAAAUCAGAAUUUGUCGACGGCAACUUGUCAACUGAAAAAUCGACUUGCAGAGAUUGAAACGAAAACGAAUUGUAUCGUGGUGGAGAAGGAGAAGAUCGAAGUUCUUUUACGGAUGAACGAGAACAAAACACAUGAUCUUGAGAAGGAGCGACAGUAUUACACUACCCAAACAAAGGAACUUUUACAGAAUUUGAAGGAAAUAAAUGAGCAAAAGGAGCUUACCGAAAGUGAACUCCGUGAACAAGUGAUGGCAAGGAUUGGAGCGGAGAAACAGUUACAGGCUGCCGAAAAAGCACUCGAACAUCUGGAAAUGGCGCUUAAAAUGACCGGAGCACAAAUGACCGAACUACAAGAGCAUAUUAUGCCUGACGUGCAUAAACUGCGAGAGUAUUUCGAACAAUGCGCUCAGGAAGCUCAACUGGAAGCGAAUCGUACCGGUAUUAUGCGACAAGCCAUUUAUGCAAGAAAAUCUAUCCGUCGAUCAAAACGAAACCUCCGUGCAUCGUUUCGGCGGCAGCUUCCCGUGAAAGAAAAGGAGGACCACAGAGAUUUGAACGAUAACACUCUGAGACAACUGUGA